AUGUUCUGUGAGGAACCUUUGAUUGACUUUUGGUUUGAUCCAGGACUUUUGGGUGCGGUCAAGUAUGUCAUGUGCCUGGACGAAGUUAUUUGGUUUCAGCUUCUAAAUUGUUAUGAGCUAGCAGUUCCGAAUCGUCGCCUUUUGAUGGGCCGAAGACGAACCGCAACGGGUUCAGCUAUCCUUCCAUGUUCAGAAAAAUCCAGUGUACAUGUGUUGCGUCAGCGCGGGAAUCCGCUAAGUACGAGCGAUCUGAAGAACGGACGACGACAGCAACUGAGAAACGGCUUGUCUAUUGUCACUUCAGAGUCACAGACGCUAUCAUUUGCUGGUCGCGAGUCGCGUUCGUCGCCACCGUCGCAAAUGGCCGAUGGAUUAUCGCCCGCCGAUGAGUGCGUCGGUCGCGCCGCGACACCUUCACAACAAGAAGGUGGUGGUAUGUGUUUGCGAAGCUCUAGGUACGCAUUACGGAGACGUCGAUCCAUACAACAAAAAGACGAGGAGGGUUGCGCUACAAGCAGUCUCGCAGCCACUGCUGACGAGACCGUGCAACCAUGCAAGAGAUUCAAACCUGAGUCACCGGGAGAAGCGCGGAAAAAUAACAUAGCGCCAGACCAUCUAGAACCUCCUCCUAAUGGUGCUUGCUAUGUUGAUCGUUUGCCUGAUGAAAUCGUUCUAAAGAUAUUCUCGAAUCUAUACGAAGCUGAUUUGGCUCGUUGUGCUGGUGUUUCUGGAAGGUUUUAUCGGAUAUCAAAUAACGCCAAUUUGUGGAAAACAUUGUAUCAAGGAGCCUUCGAGUACGCUGUACCUUUGUAUCAUCCUACACACGGUAAAUUUGAACUUCGUGAGCCGCAUAGGUGGCGUGACACUCUGAACCCAUGGAAAGAAAGCUUCCGGCAGUUGCGUCAUGGUGUCCAUGUUCGACCACGGUGCUCUCACAUUUAUGAGGGUCACAUUGGACGAAGCAUUCCUCAUUUUGAAACGCUUAUGCAAGCACUUCAAUUUCUCGAUGCUGAACCAGAACGUGAGAAGCUUAUUCUCUUGCAUACUGGUCAUUAUUUCCCAGAACCGAUACUCAUCAGUUGCUCAGUGCAAAUCAUCGGUGCAAGUUCUCAAUGCCCCAUCAACAAAGCGGUCGUUAUUGAACAGCGUGAUGACACGACAGUAACUCUAGUGGAAGGCUCAACGGGUGCCUAUGUAGGCUAUUUAACACUGCGAUUUAAUCCUGAUAAAGCGCCUUCGGCUGUACCACACCAGCAGCACUAUGCACUUCAAGUCACAGAAGAAGCUUCGCCAGUAAUCGACCGCUGCCACAUUAAUUCGACUUCUUCUGUUGGAGCAGCUGUCUGUGUUAAAAGAACUGCGGCUAAUCCAAAGGUGCGACAUUGUACUAUCACCGAUUGCGAAAAUGUUGGAAUUUACAUCACGGAUGGAGCACAGGGUCAAUUCGAAGAUUGUGAGAUCGCUAGGAACUCCCUUGCUGGAGUAUGGGUGAAAAACCAAGCGAAUCCAUUCUUCAGGCGCUGUCACAUUCAUCACGGGAAAGAUGUGGGCGUGUUUACUUUCGAGUAUGGAAUGGGUUAUUUCGAGAAGUGUAAUAUACAUUCAAACCGAAUCUCGGGAAUUGAAGUUAAAAAUAAUGCGAAUCCUACUGUAGUACGAUGUGAAGUUCACCACGGCCUCACUGGCGGUAUCUACAUCCACGAAAAAGGACGUGGGCGAUUUAUGGAAAAUAGGAUCUAUUCGAAUGCCUUUGCCGGAAUUUGGAUCACAGGCAGUUCUGAUCCUACUAUUCGAAAAAAUGAGAUUUAUGCUGGUCAACAAGGAGGUGUAUACAUAUUUGGCGACGGAAGAGGUUUGAUAGAACAAAACAACAUCUACGGGAACGCUUUGGCAGGAAUUCAAAUCAGAACAUGCAGCGAUCCCAUUGUUCGACUCAACAAAAUUCAUGAUGGACUUCAUGGUGGAAUCUACGUGCAUGAGAAAGGGAAGGGCCUAAUCGAAGAGAAUGAGGUUUAUGGUAAUACUCUUGCUGGGAUUUGGGUUACUACCGGAUCUUCGCCAAUUCUCAGAAAGAAUAGGAUACAUUCUGGGAAGCAGGUUGGAGUUUAUUUCUACGAUAAUGGACAUGGACUUUUGGAGGAGAAUGACAUAUUCAAUCAUCUCUACUCAGGUGUUCAGAUAAGGACGGGUUCUAAUCCAAAGAUAACGAGAAACAGGAUUUGGGGAGGCCAAAAUGGUGGUGUGUUGGUCUACAACGGUGGUUUGGGAAUGCUUGAAGACAAUGAAAUUUUUGAUAAUGCUAUGGCUGGUGUUUGGAUUAAAACCGACAGUCAUCCUACGCUUCGUAGAAAUAAAAUUUAUGACGGUCGGGAUGGUGGAGUGUGCAUUUUCAAUAAUGGAAGGGGGCUUCUUGAAGACAACGACAUUUAUCGUAACGCUCAAGCUGGAGUGCUAAUAUCGACCGAAUCGAAUCCGACACUUCGACGUAAUCGAAUUUUCGAAGGAAAAGCAGCUGGUGUCGAGAUCACGAAUGGAGCAUCUGCAACGCUUGAGGCGAAUCAACUCUUUCAUAACAAAUUCGGCGGUUUGUGCCUUGCUACUGAUGUUAAGCCUAUACUUCGUGACAACAAAAUCUACGAUAAUCAUAAUGCAGUGGAAAGAGCUGUUGGACGAGGGCAAUGUCUGUUCAAGAUUAGCAGCUGCACAUCCUUCCCAAUGCACGAUUUCUACAGAUGUGUGAGCUGCAACACAACUGAUCGCAACGCAAUCUGUAUCAACUGCAUCAAAAAUUGUCAUCGCGGUCACACAGUCGAGUUUGUUAGGCACGAUCGAUUCUUUUGUGAUUGCGGGGCCGGCACACUCGAACAUCAGUGCCGUUUGCAGACGGAAGUGCGUGAUAAUGAUACAGUCUACGACUCUGCCACCCCUACAGGUGCUUUUUGGUGCACGCUUUCAUGUGUUCACGCGUCUUCGAAUGCUUUUAUUUUCACUGGAAAAUUUUCUAGUGGAUCGGUCGCCUUUAGUCUUGAGGAAUAUGUGCAUCCCGAUAUGUGA